AUGACUGAGCGCACAGCGGAGGUGACGAGCAAGCGAGUGGACCGUUUCUCGCAGCGGUACCGGGCCCACGUCCGUGAGCAGCUCAAGGAGACGCUGCCCACGCUCACAUACAGGGAUAUACGCAGGUACCGGGAGCCGUACCACUUGGCACUAUGCCAGGAGCUGCACGAGGACCAGUUCGAACAGAGCGCGCUCUACGUGGAGCGGCUGCUCAAGCUGGAGCAAGACAUCCGACAACUGGCCGGGCCCGGCACGGCAGAGUGGGUGCGGCCGCAGCUCAGAAACCAGAUAGACUUCCUCAACAAGCUGCGCAUCGGGCUCACCGAGGCCGAGCAGGCGCGCACCCAAGGCCAGGCGGGCUUCGACUGCGGGGCGUACCUGCAGGUGGGGCUGUUCUUCAUGCAGAAGCCGGCCACGUGGUGGUGGCUGGCGGAGCAGCUUCUGCUGCAAGCCGUGGCAGCCGGCCGGCGCUGCAAGACCGACGGCGGCCGCAGGGAGGCCAUCGCCAGAUACGUCUACGGCAGCUUCCUGCUCGACCAGCUGGAGGACGCGCGGGCAGCGCACAAGCAGCUGGAGGCGGCGCGCAAGCUGUCGGCAGGGCGCGAGUGGGUCUCGGAGCGCGACAUGGGCGUCGAGCUGGACAGCGUGUUCGCCGCGGCCUCCUUGCGCCUGCACGACGCCACCGUCGCGCUCAUCAAGCAGACGCGGCCCAACGACCCGCGUGGCGCCGUCCGCCUCAGGUUCAAUAUCCAGUACUACCAGAAACUGCCGGAGUGGUGUAAACUCAGGGUCUACAUUCAGGGUCUUGAUGCAGUCGGAGAGAUGCUUGAAUGA